AUGGUGGAAGAAAACAAAUCCCAAGCUAGCACUGGCAAAGCCACCAAGAGAUCCAAAAGGACCAAGAAGGUCACUAUCAUUCAACAGCCACAGGCUGAGAACACCACCAACAAUGACAAUGAGAUUGACAAUGACCCCAAAUCUGAGUCAGACAAUGAUGACAUUGGGAAACAGUAUAGUUUUCACACCUUAGCCAAACUCCUUGAACUGGUACUGAAGCUCACAUCCCAGAACUAUUAUAGCUGGAGUGCCCAUGUAAGGUCCUUCCUCAGAUCUGUGCCCCAUGCUAUGGAACACCUAGAAGGAGUGUACAAUGCAGAUCAUCCAAAAUGGAGUUGCUCAUUCAACAAUGCAUUGACAAAUGCCAUAUGCAGCACUAUCAACACCAUAGGUGAAUAUAAUGUGAACUACCUUCUCCUGGAUAUUAUCAGAGAGUACCUCACAUUCAGUCAAGUCUGGAACAAGAUAGAGACCAGAUUGGGCAACAAAGCCACCAGGACCUCUUGUUGGCUUGCUCUAAUCACCCAAUUGAGUGAUGUCAAGAUGUUCCAUGCUGAUGCUUGGAAGCUGAUACAAGACAUAAGAGCCAUCCAAGCUGAAGGAAGCAUUCUUGGAAGGCCAUUUGCAGAUGAUACCCUGUUUUCAGCCCUCCAGAAAUGUAUGAUUCGCCACCCAGUGUUUAGAGAGACAGUUGCCACAGUACAUCAACUCAGUUUUGAUGCACUAGCCACUGCACUCAGCACAUGCCAAUUGGCUUUGGAGAGUGUUCCUACCCAGAAAUUCGAUCCCUGA